AUGUCGAUUGGGCGACUUCACGACAUCCUUACAGCGUCCAUCGCUCAAGUGCAUGCGGAGGAUGUCGUCGACACUGAGCGUACCUUUGCCGAGGCUCUAGAGGACGACCUCAGUGGGCUAUCGGAGCUCGUCCUAAAAGGCCAGGCGGAUAAGUUUCGGACGCAGGUUCAAAAGAAACACCUGUCCGCCAAUGUGACGCUACACGACAUGGCCAAAUGCGACCGUAUCACGCUGACAUCAGUGUGUCGGCGAGAGGAACUUCAGGUAGCCACUGUCGGCGACAUGCUGGAACCUGUGAAGGACCACUAG